AUGCACGCUUCACGAGUGACUUCGGCAUUCGCAUUCGUUCUGGUGUUAUUCAUUCAUUGCGCAGGUUGGACUGCUGAGGCACGACGUCUGACUCCAUCCGAAGAAAGAAUCGCGUCGGUUGUGCUGGAUCGUCUACUCCAUUAUGAAUUGCACAAGUUGGACGAGUCACCGUGGGUUGGCUAUCGCAACCACGUAAAACGAGAGCUAGUUGAAUCACAGGGAUCGUACGUAAGGCCGAAAAGGGACCUGGUACGAUAA